AGAUGGCGUCCUCUUGAAGAAAAGUUAAAAAUGAAGCUUCAAGACAACGUGCUGCGUGCGUUUCGYGUGGCAAAGGUUUUUAGAGAAAACAGUGACUAUGUGAACUAUAUGUGCUUCUCUGCCAAUGGCGAGAGUUUAAUUACAAGUAGUAACGAUGAUUCUAUUGUUAUCUAUGAUGCUGUUGAUGGAAAGCCAAAGAAAACUACAUUCAGUAAAAAGUAUGGAGUGUCCAACAUCCAGUUCACUCAUGCACCAAACACAGUUAUUCAUACUUCAACAAAAGUUGAUGAUACAAUCCGAUAUCUUUCAUUACAUGACAAUAAGUAUUUGAGAUACUUUCCAGGACACACAAAAAGGGUGACCACUCUUCAUAUGUCUCCAAUAGAGGAUGCAUUYUUAUCAGGGUCCUUGGAUAAGACCCUCAGAAUAUGGGACUUAAGGUCUCCUAAUUGUCAGGGUCUGAUGCAUGUAAAUGGAAGACCUGUGGCAGCAUUUGAUCCAGAAGGUCUUAUAUUUGCGGCUGGAAUAGACUGCGAAAUGAUCAAGCUUUAUGACUUGAGGUCAUUUGAUAAGGGUCCAUUUUCUACGUUUCACAUUCAAACUGACCCUUCGUCAGAAUGGACAAGUAUCAAGUUCAGUUCUGAUGGUAAAAUGGUUCUUGUCGCAACCAAUGCUGGAAUGAUUCACUUGAUUGAUGCUUUCCAAGGCAACCAACUGCAUACUUUCUCUGGACAUGCAUUUUUGAAAGGUAGUUCAAUAGAUGUUUGCUUCAGUCCAGACUCCCAGUAUGUCAUCUCAGGAUCACAAGAUGGUCGUAUUCAUAUCUGGGCAUCAGACAGUGGCCAUAAGAUCACAACAUUAGAAGGAAACCAUCCUGGGGCUACAAAGUGCAUUGCAUUCAAUCCUAAAUUUAUGAUGCUUGCCAGUGCAUGUACAAAUAUGGCUUUCUGGCUGCCAAAUUUAGACGAACUACAGGACUCUACCUAGGAUUAGUAUGUAUUACAUGCUAGGAAAAUAAGACAAAGUGGAUAAUAUAUGAACAAGGCAACACACUUGGUAUAGCAUUGCAAAAAAAAAAAAAAUUGUUUCAAGUUGGUUGCCAAAUUUUGCAGUUACUGUKUCGUAAAGCUAGUAUUUUGUUGUUUGUACAUGAAGUGAAUUGUACAGACAGUUAACUUAAGCAUUGAAGACACUAAGUGAGAGCCUGAGRUGCUGGCUACUGUACAGAUAUUAAGAGUAACAACCACUUAAAAUCACAAACAUCCAGGGCCCAAGGGUGGUUUUGUUUGUUUUGACCUUCCCUCCCAGUGCCAUAGCCAGAGGAAAAUGUUAACCAAGGCACUUUACGCGACUGGCAGAAGCGGUCGUAUCUAGGGGCUUCACAGGCAUCAUUCCCUGAAACAUUUUUAAAUUCAGACACUCAGAAAUGUGAUUUCCAGCAUUUUGCCAAGCAUAUUGUGACUUUUUUAUCUUACACCAUUGAUCAAACCUUUUUAUUUUGGAUAUGAAUUAAAGAAAACUCGAUAAAAUUUUACCGAGGCAAGUUUGCCUCGCUUGCAUGAUUGUAGCUACGGCGCUUCCUCCCCCUGAAGGGGAGAGCCCCUGGCUGUACAAAAAGUGGAUAUCCAGCACAUUCAACCAUUUCUACAAGUAAUAAUCCCAGUUGCAUGGAGUGUAAGAAGAUACAAAAUAUAAAACAUGUCAUGGGCAAAAACAUUUAAUUGUAUUAUGUACAAAAUUUMUUUGUAAUAAACAUCUUUUAGUUUUGAAAGCAACAUUGCUAUUAAAGGAAAUAAAAUGGUUUUAGAAAAUAUUAUGUAAGACCCAGCACUACUAGAGAAUAUUGGGCGAGGUUCACUGUGAUAUUCUUAAAUAUUCUACAUGACACCUCAGAUUGAUAACAGGAAGUAMCUUAAGAUUGACAACUGGAACAUGGACAAUGGAUGAGGACACAAGUUAGUAGACGUUUCAUGUGCACUCCACACUUUCUUGUGGAGCAGGUGUUCUUUUUAGUUUAAAUUUGAGGAGAAUGUAGGAUUCUGGGCUUUCUGUGUAUAUAUUGUGACCUAGCCUGAGUCACAUCUGGACAAACCGUGGCUAAUUGUGACCUCUCAAGUACUGUACACUAAUAAAAUGUGCUAUUGCAGCACAAAUUGAAUUCAGGUGAAUUGAAUCCUGAGGCCCCUUUCUCAUUUGUUUGUUUUCUAUUGUUUUCAAUUUUUUGAAGCAUUUUUGAAGCAGGUUUUGCUAACACAGUAAGCCCAGUGACCUAUAUUGAAUUGAUCCAAAAAUUAAAAUUAAUGUAACACCAGGGGCCAGUUGUACACAGGGUGGAUAAAGAUAUCCACUCCACUUUAUAUACAUGGCUUUUAUGCUCUGGAUAAAGCUUUUAUAGCUGUUAGAAAACAGUAUUCAUUCUGUGUACAACCAGCCAAUGGUGGUCAGGCUAACCCCAYAGCUGUAACUCCAGUUAAUAUUUGGUUUGAUACUGAAGCAACCACAAUAUUUUUUGUACUGUGUGCAGAGAAAACAUAUUGCUAAAUGAACUUGCACCRCUCAACCAUCCUUGUUCCUGUUGAAAUCUUAAGGUUUCAAAUAUAGUGCUGGAAAAAGUGAAAACAAAGUACAAAUUUUGUUUUCCUUUAAUCAGUGCUUUCUACUUAAAGGUGAGUUAUGUGAUUGUUGCAAUAAUUUCUUCAUUAGUCUUUAGUUAUAGCUAUGURCAUUCUGUGAAUGUUGUAACCAUAUUGCCAACUCUUCUUGUUACUGUYCUACAACUUCUACCACUAUGACCUGUGAAAGUAAAUAAACAACUUUAAUUGAUAA